AUGAAAGAAGAAAAAAAUAAGAAUAUAGGGGAAUCGGAUAUUGUUGAAACUGGUAUUACUAAUAUUGAUGAUGCUGAUACUGUCGAUGAUACUAACAUCGAUGAUGAUUCUAAUGUCGAAGAUGAUUCUGAUGUCGAAGAUGAUUCUG